AUGAUAAUGGGCUUCACGUUUUGUGAGGGUCUUGCUCUACCAGCACUAGCGGCUGUGCAAGUCAAGGUCCGUACUCUGGUGCUAAACAAGAGUAUUACAGGAGACUUCGGAUUCUCUAUUCGUCGUGUACAGUUUCCUUCCAACAGACAUGGCGGAUUGAGAACAAUAGUGUUCGCUGAACCUUCGAAUGUACAAACAGGCCCGCCAAGGCCAGAUGACUUGAAGUUGGUUGAUUUCUUCUGUGCUUUCGCCUAG